UUUGGUUUUUAUAAAGUUUUGUGGCAUUCCAAGGACAUGUGUGACUUUUUAAAUAUGGCAUUUAUACUUCAUGAAUUAAGGUGCAAUGUUGUUUCUGGAUAUCCUGAAUGUUUUAUUUAUUUAUGAUUUCAGGAGCACAGAAGUCAUGAGCACUGUCUCAGGUACUCGAAGUUCAACCAUCACAUUUACUAUCCGGCCUGGAACUAGCCAGCCAAUCACACUGCAGAGCAGAUCCCCAGACUAUGAUAGUAGGACAUCAGGAGCAAGAAAUGCUCCAAGCCCAGUGGUUUCACCAACCGAGAUAAGUAAAGACAUCAUGCCCGCUCCUCUGACUGCUGCUGCUCCAGUUGCAUCUCCUUCUCCGACUCUUUCUGAUGUUUUUAGCCUACCCAGCCAGCCUCCUUCUGGGGACCUCUUUGCUUUGAACACAGGGCGCAGCAGGUCUCCUUCUCCCUCAAUAUUGCAACAACCAAUCUCAAAUAAGCCUUUUACAACUAAGCCUGUCCACCUGUGGACUAAACCAGAUGUGGCAGAUUGGUUGGAAAGUUUAAACUUAGGUGAACAUAAAGAGACCUUUAUGGAUAAUGAAAUAGAUGGCACUCACUUACCAAACCUUCAGAAGGAAGAUUUGAUAGACCUUGGAGUAACUAGAGUUGGUCACAGAAUGAACAUAGAAAGAGCUUUGAAACAGCUAUUGGACAGAUAAGAUUGGCUAUUCUUGCCUCACAAACUUUUGUUAUAAAUAGAGAUGGGCUGGUACUGAAACACCCUGAUUGCCUUUGCUACCCACAAGUACCACCAAGUUAAAGCAUCUUUCUCUAUAGUUUCUGGUACUUGGCAGCACAGAGGUUAAUACCCAGGAGAAAAUCUAGAAAUUACAUUAAUGGGACCAUGUACUUCAAGAGGAAGGAAGGAAGAAGGUGGGAUGAGAGAAUAAAAAUAAAUAAAAUAUUUCUAAUUUAGAACUGUGUAACUCUCACCAUAUCAAAAUUGUUGAUAAAAUUCCCAUUUCUGUCAAAGGGAAGGGAAACAUUAUUUUAUGUUCAUGAACUGUGCCCUUAAGAAAUACCUUUCUGCUGGAGCAGAUUUUUUUUUUGCUGUUUCUCCUUUCUCCAGAAAGUAUUAUAUCCAGUCACCUUUUGUAGUGUCUGCUCAUCCCAGCAUUCAUAGGAUUCUCAGAGCAAAGACAUCAAUAUUUUCUGUGUGACGGGUUUCUGACCUUGUUAUUAUGUUUCUUGUUUGUGAACAGUAACACUAGUUUUGUUUAUUUAGCAUAAUUGUGUUCUGUCUGACUUUUGUCAUUAUUUUUUAUGUUUAGUGCCUUUUCAAGUUGUCAGGCAAUAUUCCUUUAUGCUGUUUCCUCCCAUGUGAUGCAGCAGAAUGUGGGGAAGCUACAUAAGAAAUCUGUUCCAUCUGCAUAACAGGGAAUUUUCAUUGAAGAUUUCUAAAUUGGAGAUACCUGUUAACAAUUAAACGGCAAUUCUUUUAAACUUGUGUAAAUCUAUUGCAAUCUCUUUAUCAAAUAUGUUUUUCUUUUUCUUUUUUUUGUAUGGGGUUUAGAUGAUGCCCUGAACAAUAUCUUAACUGGGACUUUAUUGUUCAAUAUGGGGCGGGGCAAAGCCACUUGCCUCGCUCAAAUGGGCACAGACACCAGUUCAGGGGCAGGCGACGUCAGCCGUGGGGCACUGCACAGCUUUUCAGUGGCUGAAUGCAGAAAUUUGUUCCUGUGCCACCAAUCCUACACAGCAUGAGGCCAUGCUGGGAUUUGUGGAGUCAUUUCAGAGGGUGUUCUGAGGCCAACUCCAGGCAGUUUCCAGAGCCCUUUUAGCCCAGAAACACCCCCUUUUCUGAGCAUAGACUUACACUACCAAAAAGGGUGGCAAAAGCCAUGCCCUAAAUGGGGCUUUUCUUGGCCUGCAGGGUUUUCCUUUGUUUUCCUGGCAGUCAUGCCACUGCAUGCCUCUAUGGUGUGAUGACACUAUGCCCAGCCACUGUUGAUCUAACCCCCACCCCCUUUGAAUUGGGCUGUUAUUGUCAGGUUUUCAAUGUAGCAUGCACUAUCAAAUCUCUUUCCUACUGUCUUUAAUUCCUGUGCAGCCCAGCCCAUUAGAUAUGUGAAACAGGAAGCUGCCUUUGCAGUGUAAGGAGGUUAGGGUUUUAACUGUUCAUCCCAGUAGAGAGAUCCUCUCACAGAAGUGGGCUGUGUGUGCCUUCUAUACUGAACCAGUAGUAUUACAUAACCUAUUAGGGGCACUAAGAUUGCAUAAUUUCUGAAUAAGCGAUCAGGGCUUUUUCCUUAUAACAUAGCACAUUUAAGUCCAAAUCUGAAUGAGCAAUCUGUACAAAAAUAAAAACAUUAUUUUCCUGUGUUUAUUUUGCUGGCUCAUGUAAUCUCAUGAAUUAGGACUCAGUCACAUAUGCAUCAGCAAAUGCCUUCUGCAAGUACUUAAUUGGAUCUGAUUCAUGAUCCUUCAAUUUAAAUCGAAGCUUGUGCGACUCUUUAGGAGGUUUUUUUUUAUUUUAAAGGUUACGGUUCAGUGGUUUAUUGUCAUAUUGAGAUUGAGGGAUGGUUGUAAAAUUUUAUAUGAAUCAACUAUUUUUUAGGUAAAGGGAAAAAUAAUUUGAGAUAAGUGUUCAAAACUGAUUAUGUUGCUCAGAGAGCAUCCUAGAAACAGCAGUCUUUUGAGCAUUUUUUAAAAAAUUGAUUACAUUUUUGAAGAUUACCAGUAUUCUCUCAGUUUACCUUCCCUACCACCACAAAGAAUGCAUAUUAAAGGUUUUGUGGUUCCCAGUUUCUCAAAACAGUUUAGCCUGUUCUGGUUAAACAGUACGCAGCUCUUCAAACGGUCAGACUUUCAAGAGCCCAUCAGACUUUCAAGAGGCCUCACAGUUAAAAAGGCAUCUUAUUCUCUCCUUUGUAUGUGUUCCAGCCUAUCUCUAAUUAUAAUUUUAUUUUCUCACAAUCAAAUGUCUAAUUAGGUCUGCAACAGCCCUAGCAUUAGUACAUGAGGAUUAGCAAUUUCAGUAUUUCUUUACUGCAAGUUUAAAUAGUUGUACAGAUAGUUUAUAAGCACAAUAUUUUAAGAAUACAAGUGGCUGGUCUACUGGGCAGCCUUUGUGCCACUUCAAUGCUAGAAAUUUAAAAAAAAAAUAAAAACUUUUGUGGUUUAUUACUAUUUCUGUGGAAUAAUUAUUAAGUCUUGACCUUUAUAAAAUCAAUCUCAUUUGGAUGCAUCUGAACCAGCAGAGCUGUGUUAUAUUUUCUACCUUUGCUAGAACUUCUUCAGACGAUGAGUGUUUCUUCAAACAUGGUUACAAUUAACAAUGCAGUGGUUAAUUAUAAAAACUAACAUCCAUGUCUCUUUUCUCCCCCAUUUGGAAAAACUGGUCUUUUGACUUAACAUCUGUUGUUGUACCCUUCACAGGUUUCUGUUUGCAUUUGAAAGAUCCGAGUAAUCUUGUAAUUAAAAUCUAGCUUAAAUACAGAAGUGUUCGAAUGGAUUUUUAUGUAUAGGAUGACAAUGAAAUAUUCAGUGGCUACAAAAAGCCAUGAAAUAUUUUGGAAAAAAAUGUAAAAAGAAAAAAAUUCAGCCAUCGUUGUCUUCCAUUUGGUGAUAUUGCAGAAUUCAGUAAACAAACCACAAUCCCCAUGCUCCUUUUUGAUUUUUUGAAUGCAGUUGGUGUUACCUCUAUAAUAUGUGCCGGGAAAUACAUUAGAAAAAAAAUGAUAGUGAAAGAAAAUGGAGGGGGGGAGAGACUACUAUUAAGCUGCUGUUAAUCCUAACCCUUUACUGUUUAAAAUGUAUGAUGCUGUACACAGAAGUUACAGGUGAUGGUUAAUCCCUUUCUUAAAAGGGAUGUCUCCUGCAUAUGUAUCUUUUUCAGGCACUUAAAUAGUAGGUAUAAUAUAAUUAGUAGAAAAGAAAUGUAAACAUCAAAGAGCUAAUGAAAUAGUUUAUUUUUACACUGUGUCUUAUGAUCUUAAGAGUAACGGGGCCUGUGAGGAAUCGCUUUUAUCAAUAAAAUACACCUUUGCCAAGAUGAAGUAGUCUUCAGCACUGCUUGAUGGUUUUAUCAUGGAAAGCAAUAGAAACAGAUGCAAAGUUGCCUCCUAGCAUUUUUGCCCAUUUAGCGAAUGUUGGGGGCAGGAAUGGCCCUUUAAUCUCCUGAUACUAUGAUGGUGCAAAAUAAGGUGUUAGAGAUAGUCUUAUAACGAUAUUCCAGGUUUUAGGAACAAAUUUUGUUUAUAUACUGUAAUUUAAAUAAAUUGAAUUUACAUGCCUAGUUUCUGUAAUAUUUGUGUAUACAAUACCAAAAUCACACAAGAUGUAAAUUGUGUAUAACUGCACAGACCCCUUUCUCUAGGUGUCUGGGAAAAUUUAAGUUUUAAUUCCUAUAUUAUAAAAUGACUAUAUGUGACUGUUGAUUUACAAAAUUUACAUAUCACAAAAGCUAACUAUUUGUGGUACUUAAGUUAAUAAAAACAGUGAUUUUUCUGAGUUCCUUUACAAACAAUCAUUACCCAGUUGAUCUGGCAAUGACUCUGUGAAUGAGCCUCUAAUACUGAUAAUUUUCCCAUUACAUUUUUUCUUUUCUAGAUAGAAAUGUUUUCCGCUAUGGUUUGUGUAACAACUUGUGUUCACGUUAUCUAUGUUGCUGUAAUUUUUGUGCUUUAAUUCCUCUUAUUACAAAUUGAUUUUUUAAAAAUCGAGCUCUUGUAACUUGCACUUUCCCUAAUCCUUAAUACUCUUGUAUGGCAACCAAAAUUACUGUAAGAAAUAAAUAUAAUAUUGCACUAAGGUUGUGGUUCUGAUUACAAAACAUUAUCAACAGUCUCAGUCUUUUAUUUUUAAACAGAGUUGCCAAAUUCGCUAUAGAAUAGUUUUAAAUGCUUUAACUGCACCUACCCAGUUUUGCUUCUGACCAGGGGAUUCAGACUUAAAGCUCAUUGAACUUACUGUUCUAUAUUUGGUAUUUUGUCACUGUGGGAAAUGUAAGAUAUGUUGUGAGAAUAUUGAUUUAUGAUGGGAUGAUCAUGAGAGAGCUAUUUUAUUAAGCAUUCUUCCAAGGUUAAGGAUUUCCUUGUAACGAGCUUCCCUUAAAAAAGUGUUAACUGACAUUCUAGAAUCUAGACAAUAUAUGCGUCAUCUGAUGGACAGUUGAAAUGUUUCCGGAGGAGAAUACAUAUGGCAAGAGAACAAACAAGGGCCUGUUCCAGAGAUGCUAAUGUGUAUCACCACAUUGCAGACAAGGAUCUCUGGCACCAGAUGAUUGUUGCCUCUAGCUGUGCUGAUUAUUUGUUGAAAAGAAAGAGAAUGCUGGAUAAAGCAGACACACUAGACCAACAUUUUUGACAGUACAUGUACAGGAGCAUAUUUUAUUCCCAUAGAGCUGUACGAGGUGCUAGGCCUGUUCCCCGCUCCGUAAUCUGUACAUAUGGGUUCAGAUCAUCCAAAUCGAGAAUUAGUACACAGAAUACUUGUUCCCAAAUACAAAUUAUGGAUCAAGGUGAUGGCAAAUAUCUUCGUCAGAAUGACACUCUUACUUAAUAGAGAUUACUGCAAUUAGAGAUUAUUGAUACUUGUAGAAGGGUCCAUUUUCCUUUCCACUGAGAAAAACUUUUUGAUUGUUUUAAAUUGCUAGUUGCUUCUUCUAUAAUACUUAUUCUUCAACAGAUCACUUAACAGGUUUAUGUUCCACAAUGGAGAACUUGAUUUAUUUGAGGAGUUACAUUUCUUACAUUCACAUUUUUGUGUUAAAUCGCUUCCUUAUAACAUUUAAGAGAUUCACAGUGCGAUUCUAUGCAGAUUUGUUCCACGUUAGGCCUAUUUAAUUCUACAUAGGAUUGUAUUCCUAGUUAAUUCGGUGUUUUUAAGUAUUUAAAUAAAAUGUAAUAUUAUAACGAACAAACACAUCUAUAUUUUGUUAUAUCUGCAAACAUGUUAAAAGGCUUUUUUUUGUUUUGUCUUGCUUAAAUUGACAGUAAAGCUAGAUGGGAUAUAAAAGUAGUAACUUAAAACAGUCUCCUGAACAACCUUUAACAAAGAUAUGUUUAAACUUGUUGUACUGGUGCCCUCCCUUUUUUGCAAUUUUCCCAUCUGAUGUCAAAAAUUAAAGACUGAUUCAACAGGGGUAGUACUCAAGAAGAGUACCAGCAUUGAACAGUAAAGCAUACACUGAAUUUGCACAGAAUAUAGAAGAAAAGUAUGUGCACUGGAUGCAUUGAAUGAACCUGAUGUAUAUAAAUUAUGUUGUAAUAAAGUGAUGUACUUUUUAAUGAAAAGGGUAAUUUCAGCAUCAAUAUAUUGUAGUUGCAGUGCCUUGUUUUCUGAAUCAAGAAGUCCACCAGUGCACAGCUACGAGAAAGAUUAAAAUACCAGAUGAAAAAAUCUAAUUGCAGUCCUCUUUCAGUAUAUCUGUGACUUGAUUAGUCACUGAGGUAAAAUAAAUUCAAAUAAAAUGGUAUUUCACUUGUUUUCAAAAAUAAAUUUAUUUGUACAACAUCUGUUCCAUAUUUAAAGAUAAAAUGUAAGAGUACUGUACUUUGUAGAGACAAAUUUAACAUUGUGUGCUUGCUGACUCCUAGUGGCAUUUGGUGGCGGAUAUUUCACAGCAUAGUUUAUAUUAAAGUAUCAAGCAUUUUCAAGAAUUAAAAA